AUGUAUAAGAAACAAUUCUAUUCUCGACGUGUAGUUAAUCGACGUCAAAGACGUUUAAAAAAAUUAGAAAAACAAGAAAAUUAUUUGAAUUCUUCAAGUGAAAGUGAUAAUGAAGAUUAUAAUGUUAAUCAACAUGUAUAUAAUAUAAAUUCCAUAACUUCCAAUGAUCUUUUAGCACUUGAUGAUGAUUUAAAUACACACGAAAAUUACCAUGAUGAUGAACAUGAUAACACCAACAAAUUAAAUGAUUUUCAAGAUACUAUUUUUGAUCAUUCACCACCGCUAUAUAAUGGCUGUCGAUUUUCCACAAUUAAAUCAGUUAAAAUGUUAAUAAAUUUUUUUUCUCGAAUUAAUUUAGAUAAAACAAAUACUAUUAAUUUAAUGAAAUUGAUAAAACUUAUACUACCAAUUAAAAAUGCAUUACCUACAUCAUGGAAAUGCAUAAUGAAAUUAUUUGGAAAAACCAAUUUUUCAUCGACGACAUUUUUUUGUUCAAAAUGUUUUAAUGAAUGUGAAAAAACAAGAUUUAACACCAAAACUUGUAUGAAUGAUAAUUGUUGUUUAUCAAAACGAACGUUAAAAACAAACGAGAUUGUGGAAGUAGUAAAUCUUGAUAUUCGUGGUCAAAUGAAGUCUAUUAUUACUCGAAAUAUAAAUUUAUUAACCCAAAGCUAUGAUUUAUUUCCACCGUCUGAUGUAACCUCAGCCUCUCUUUAUAGAACAACAAUAUCAAAUACAAAAUGUAACACCAUUACAAUUAUUAUUCACACAGACGGUGCUCCUUUAGUACGUUCAAGUAAACAAUCGAUAUGGCCUUGCUUUGCUUCGAUUGUUGAAUUACCUCCUCCAAUAAGGGAGCAUCAAACUAAUAUAAUGCUUUUAGCUUUAUGGUCGGCUAAAGUAAAACCAAAUGUCAAUGUAUUUCUCGAAAGAACCAUAAGUGAUAUUGCACAACUUAUGACUCAUGGAUUUUGGAGUGGUUCAUCUGUGCUAUACCCAUAUGAUAAAAAUAAUUUAGAAUUACGUACCCAUUCAGGAUUUAUUGCAGCGGCUAAAUCAGCCGAGAAACAAUCAACAGAAAAACGAGUUGCAAAUGUAGAAGGUAUAGCUUGCCUACCUACAUUACAUGCAUCACAUUGGACAAUUUACUGUUUGUUUGUUAAAUUAUUGCAUGCACCACAAUCAUUUGAAGAGAUAGAUUUUGCUGAAAAAUUAAUUAAUUAUUAUUGUCGUACAAUAGUUGAUGUUUAUGAUAAAUCAUUAGAAUUAUUUUCAUUACAUGCACAUCUCCAUUUACCCGGUCAAGUACGACUACAUGGUGGUUUAUCAACAUCAUCAGCAUUUACAUUUGAGUCUUGUAUUCGAUAUUUAAAAAGUAAGGUGCAUGGUACAAAAUAUUUGGCUACACAAAUAGCUUAUUGGUAUGAUAUUGAAACCAUCGUCAAAACUACAACAUUUGAAGUAACAGCACCAUGUGGUGUUAAUGCAAUUAAUAUUUUUAAUGAAAAAAUGAAUCAUUAUCGUAAAAUAAUAGUUACUCUUCUUCGUACUCAUCAACAAGAUUUAAACCAAAUUAUAUUUUACACGCGUUAUAAGAAACGCUUUUUAACUUUCCAUACAGUACUUUAUGAUAAACCAUAUAAAUGUCGUAGUUACAUCGUAUCAUACAUUAAUAAUAGUAGUGAUUAUGACGCGCUCAAUUAUGCAAAUAUAAUUGUAUUUUAUAAAUAUCACAAUGAUUAUUUUGCACUUAUACAAAAAUAUCAUUUUUCACGAAAAAAGCUCUCGCAUUACGUAGAAUUACCUGUAGAAAUAUGUCAACAAGUGGAUAAAUUAUUUCCAUUACUUGAACUGUCGGAUGAUUAUGACAUUAUUCCUGUAGCAAUGGUUCACCAUCAAUGUAUAAUGGUAGAAUUUGAAGAUGUUUGUUGUUUAUCAGAAUUAAGAAUUGAUUCUGAACAUGAUUAA